AUAUUCAUUCCUCCCGAGGGAGCGAGCAAGUUUUUACACAUCCCACCGGCGGUUGCUUUUAGCAGCGUUCGUAAUCGUAACUCCCGUACUUGUUCUGCUUCCGCUUCCCUUCCUUCCUAUACAAUCUCUCUUACCCACGGUGCACAUCUCCUUUUUCAACUCUCGCCCCUGUUUUUUCUUUUUUCUCUUUCGUUUCCCUUUCCCCGAUCUCGCGCCAUGUCGAAGGAAUUCGCCGUCCCCCCCGUCGUCUUCCCCUCCGGCGCCGCGUCCCCCAACCUCCCCCAACACCGCCGCCACGCCGCGGCGGCGUCGGCGGCGGCGGCGGCGGCGGCGGCGGCGCCCUUCCAACCCCCUCGCCCCUCGCCAAACCCUAGCGGGCCCCCCAACCCCGCCCUCCCCUUCAUGUCCUUCGACAUCGGCUCCGCCGCCGCCUCAUCCUCCUCCGCCGCCCCGAUCUUCUCCGGCCCCAUCUCCGCCGCCUCAUCCGCCUCCUUCGAGGACGAGCCCCCGCUCCUCGAGGAGCUCGGCAUCAACACGCGCCAGAUCUGGCGCAAGACCACCUCCAUCCUCAACCCCGUCCGCGUGAACCCUAACCUCCACGAGGACGCCGAUCUCUCGGGGCCCUUCCUCUUCCUCAUGGCCUUCGGCCUCUUCCAGCUCCUCGCGGGUAAGUUCCACUUCGGGAUCAUCCUCGGGUGGGUCACCGUCGCCGCGCUCUUCCUCUACGUCGUCUUCAACAUGCUCGCGGGGCGCAACGGGAACUUGGAUCUGUACAGAUGCGUGAGCUUGGUCGGGUAUUGCAUGCUCCCCAUGGUGAUCUUCUCCGCCGUGUCGCUGUUCGUGCCCCACGAAGGGGUUUUGAUCUUCGGAUUGGGGGCGGUGUUCGUGCUCUGGUCCACGAGAGUCUGCGCGAGGCUUCUCGUCGAGCUCGCUUCGUGCGGGGACGAUCAUCGCGGCCUCAUUGCCUACGCUUGCUGGCUCGUCUACAUGCUCUUCUCGCUGCUCGUGAUAUUCUGAUUCUGGUUUUUGUCGGGUCAUUCGCUGGAGCAUUAUGUUGAACUCACCAUAUCGUAGGGACAUAAAUUCAUUUGUCAGAAAUUGGCAAAACUCCUGAAUGUCUCCUUCAGCCAUUUUCUAUGGAACUUCAAGCAUUAGGGCCUGUCCAGUCUACGAUUGUAUCUAUGCUUGGGUUUCUUCCUGUUUCUCUCUUUCUCUCUUUCUUUCUUUCUCUCUUUUGGCUAAAGAUGUAAUUCAUAAGCAGGGCUUCGCGAAGCAAUACUGAUUGUGGAAUUGGAGGAAUGUGUUGUAGAUCAAGAAAUCUCCGUGCGGUGUAAACUGGAUUUAGAUUUGAGACCAUCGGUAUCAUUAGAUAGAGUAUUCUUUUUGUGACCAUUAAUGGAUUCCCUGGCUUGCUGGCAUAGUGUUUGCUUUAGUAUUAGCUGAAUUUCCUUUGAUGGCUUUUACUUUUCUAUUUAACAAUUUUUAAUUUUUGUUAAAUAAUUCGGCGUUCUCAUUGAA